CCUGUUAAUAAGGAGCCAACUUUCUACGACAUUUUCAGAUAUUUUAUUGGAAUUUUAUCAAAAAAACCAUCACAACGACAUCUUUAUAGCAUCAGCUCACUUAUACCAUCAGUUGGUAAUUCAUUAAACUCAGCAAAUUGCUUAAGUUGUGCUAUUGUUAUCAGCCCAAGUCAAUACCACCAACUAAAUUAUACUGCAGGGUUAGCAUUAAUGAAUUCUAAGAAUACUAAGAACAAACACAGAAAUUUUUCGGAUAUUGAAGAAGGACUCAAAAUAAAAUCCUUAAUUUCAAAUUCAGUAUUUUGGAGAGAAAAUAUGAAGAGUGAAGAAUCAUUGCCCCAAGAAGAAAAGUGUCAGUAUUUUGAUGCAAUAUUCUCACCACGCUUAGAAUAUUUUAUAUUACAAUGUCUUGGGCCAACUAUACCAAGUGUGUCUGUCUUUAAAGCUUCACUACCUGUACCUCAUUUUCAUAUUCUGCUGCAGAAUAACACAAUUUUAAAAGAAAAAAUUGCAAGUACGGCUUUUCCUCAAAUCAAAAUGUUUCCCGUUCAAGUAAGUGGAGGAUAUAAUGCUCAAGUUAAGUUAUAUUUACCACCUGGACUAAGAGAGGAUGAAAUCACUCAAUACCCAUUAAUUGUUCAUGUAUAUGGUGCUCCAGGAUCCCAACUCGUGACCAAUAUAUUUAAAGUAGAUUGGAAUACUUACUUAGCAAGUUCCAAAAAUUUUAUUGUAGCUCAAAUCGAUAGUCGUGGUAGUGGAGGACAAGGCUAUAAACUAUUACAUGAAAUUCACAACCGCCUUGGAACAGUUGAAGUUUCUGAUCAACUGGAAGUCACUGAAUUAUUUGACUUAAAAUUUCGUUGUUUGCUGCAUAUUAUUGGAUUUCUCAGAAGAACCGGCUUGAACCAGCUGUAG